CGUGCUCGUGAAAAGUGCGGAUCGAUGCUUUUCCACUUUUCUGCGUCACGUUUAUGUGCCCGGUAAAAUUAAAAAAAUCGUGACUGGUGAUUUCGAACUUCGAUUCCUCUACAAUUGUGUCGGCCGAUUGCUCGGCUGAAGAUGAAGAAAAUCAAGUCUCAAAUUCGAGAUAAAGCAGUGGUCGAGCGAUCGUUAUGGGAUAUUAUAAAGAAACAAGCCGCCGAAUUUUGUCGGGAAACUGCACUACACGGUUGUAAAUACAUCAGUCAGUCUCAACGUUCCAAGGCGGAGCGUAUCACUUGGGCACUAGUGAUAUUUAUAUCGUUAUGCUGUGCUGCUGUUUUAAUGAAAAUGACUUGGAAUUAUUACGCCACCCACCCGACACUAACUGUCAUUGAAUCAACACACCAUGGAAUAUGGAAUUAUCCGUUUCCCGCGGUAACAGUGUGCAAUAUUAAUCGCAUCUCAUACAACUUAACUAAAGAAUUCAUCAACAAAUUAAAAAUACCAGCUAAUGUCUCAAAGCAAUUUUUGCUGAAAGAAAUGCGGCUAAUGAAUGAGUUGUUAGUACCGGGAGUAUUCGGAUACGAUGUUCGAAGAAAUCUCACCCGUCUACAAGACAUCAUAGAUCAUAAUAAUUUAUCGGUUCUCGACGUGAUGAGAAUGAUAACAAAAAAUUGCAGUUCUCUAAUGAUAACAUGUAAGUGGAAAGGCAUAUUGAUUCAAUGUGACAACCACUUCAAGCAAAGUUUAUCACGCGAUGGUUUGUGUUGUAGUUUCAAUUACUACACUUCUCCAGGGAUACCUAAAGACGAAAUCCACAAAACUGCCUCCUGCGGGUACACGACUGGUAUGUCCCUAUUUUUAAAUCCUGAACCUAGUGAUUAUCAUGCUACGCUUAUCGGAUCAUAUGGAGUGAAGAUCAUGAUACACUAUUCGUUCGAUUAUCCGGAUUAUAACUCUGAAAUCCAACUGAUACAACUAAAUAGUCAAUAUUUUGUGAGCGUCAGUCCCUCGGAAAUGUACUCAAAACCCGAAGUGAGAAAUUUGGCCAUUUCUACGCGACAGUGCAUAUUCGACGACGAAGCUGACAGUAUCAUGCAUGCAAAAGAGAGAAAUUUAAGCUACAGUUCAUACACAUAUCACAACUGUCUCGCAGAAUGUCGAGCUACUGUCGUAAGAGAAAAAUGCGGAUGCAUACCUUUUUACUACCCACAAAAUAGCACCAGAAUGUGUAAUCUUAGGGAUAUUCAAUGCUUAAAGAAAUAUAAGUCGUCCUUCGAUACGUCAUGGCCAGGAACGAAAAUUAAUUUUGAAAAUGUAUCAAUAUCAACAGAUAUUACAAGAAGACCAUGCAAAUGCAAACCGGAUUGUUUUUUAUAUCGUUAUGCCAUAGAAAGCUCUUUGGGAAAGCUCGACUCUUCUCUUUACUACAGUAACGGCAGUUUCUCGCAGAAUCCGCAUAACGCCUUUAGUGUAGUCAAUCGCAGUAUACUACACAUAUUCUUCAAUGAUUUGGUGGGCUUUCAAUAUCGACGCUCAGUCAAUUACAGUUGGCGCAAUUUGUUUGCAUCAUUUGGCGGCUUGCUUGGAUUGUUUGCUGGAUUCAGUCUCAUGUCUAUCUUUGAAUUUCUGUAUUUUUUCGUCAUACGUGUAAUAGCCGACAAAUACGUGAAUUAUACGAAACACAACAGUGUACAAUAGCAUAAUAAAAAUAUAAUUAGUUAACAUUA